GCCAGCCGCAGUCAUGCCUCGGGCCUUCUUGGUGACGGCCCGGCGUUACAGCAGUGGGGCGCCCACGCCUGCGCCCGCCACAGACCUGCCGCAACACAGAGAGAGCAGCCCGGAGCGGCGCGUCAGCCUGGCAGAGGCGCAGCCCGCGGCCGAGUCGGCGUCGGCGUCGGCGCCGGUGUCGGUGGCGCCGCCGCCGCCGCAGCCGCUGGCGGUGUGCCUGCCGCUGCCCGAGCCGGCGCCCGACGACCUGUACAACCUGACGCAGCUGGCCGAGGUCAGCCUCGCCGCCGCCGCGGGGCGCCUCUUCUGCUGGACCGACGCCGACGACCGGCCGCACACUGCGGGCCACGGGCUGCCCCCGGCGCCGGCCGACCGCGCCGCCGCCGCCGCCACCGCCACCGGGGAGCCCUGCGUCCCGGCGCAGCCGACGCCGCCUCCGGAGACCGCCGCACAGCCGCACCAGCCUCCUGAGCUCGUGCCUCCGCCUCCGCCUCCGCCUUCGCCGCCGCCGCCCCCGCAGAGCCCGGCCCCCGCGCAGGCGCAGCACGCGUGCCCGGACUGCGGCAAGCGCUACAGCACGGCCAGCAACCUGGCGCGCCACCGGCAGACGCACCGCGGGCCGGCCGACGCCAAGGCGCGCCGCUGCGCGCACUGCGGCAAGGUGUACGUGUCCGUGCCCGCCUUCUCCAUGCACGUGCGCACGCACGCACAGGCCUGCCGCUGCCCCUACUGCGGCAAGUGCUUCUCCAGGCCCUGGCUCCUGCAGGGCCACAUCCGCACCCACACAGGCGAGAAACCAUUCAAGUGCACCAUCUGCGAAAAGGCGUUUGCAGACAAGUCUAACCUGCGCGCCCACGUGCAGACGCACUCCAGCACGAAGCCACACGUGUGCUGCCGCUGCGGGAAGGCGUUCGCGCUCAAGUCCUACCUGUACAAGCACGAGGAGUCCUCCUGCGUGCGCCUGCACUCACGCGGUCCGCAGUGCGCAGGCGUCGUGGGGGCAGCAUAGGCGGCAGGGGCAGCGGUCGAGCCGACCACGUAGUGCGACUGUCAGCCGGUCCUUGUCGGCCCCUGUACAGGCGUGUGAUCACACAGUGGUCACUGCCGUCGCUACAGCAAAUUCAUAAACACUGAGAGAAGAGUUCAGCAGUUGUAAUGAAAAUGUAGGAAAAGUACCACAUACAAGGUUUUUAAUGCAAAUAACACUACAACAAAACGCACAGCAGUACCUCGUACUCUCGUACUCUCUGCUGUAUUCGAAAUUUCUGAUUACAGCAACACAACGUUUCAGUGAUAAUUGUUCACAUUUAAUAUUACUAUUGCAAUUCUGGCAAUAAUUUCAACUUGUAAAACGUAACGAGAAACUGGGUUCAUCAUAAUGUAAUCUAACUAUAGUAAAACAAAUUGGCAAUGCUUUGGCAUGAGGAGAAAAUACGUGACUGUAAUUCUAUCACUGGGUAUUCAUAUGGGUCAAUAACCUGUGUUUCCUAAAAAUGUUACGUGAAUCAAAAUAAUCUGAUGAAGACCGCUGAACGCUUACCCUAUGACGAAUGUGGAUUUGGAGAAAGCACUCGUAGUUGUAUUCGUUUCACUGGACUUAUAACGUUCCGUAGUGUGUCGGCUUCAGAAUUUAUUACUCGUAGUUAAACGUAAUACUGAUUUCUCUUACCAAAAUGAAGUCUUUGAUCACAACACAGUCGUCCAUCAUUCUGACAACUACCAUUUCUGCAGCUACUCUGCAAUCCACUGUACAGAACAUGAUGGUCGUAAAUCCUGUAUCCUAAUAACAUUGUAUCUGCUAAAGGGUAUUUUAGGUAAAGAUCCCUGGGAUACCAAAUACAUCGGCGAAGGCGUAACUGUUUUCUAUUUGUUACACUCUACGUACGAUUCGAGUUCAGUUCGCAGCUUUGGGUUUCAAAUCAUUCCUGGCUAUAUGCAAUCAUAACUGUAUCACUCAUAAGUUGUUAAGUUUCUACUUUCCGUAUUACUUUUGAUAAAAAAGAAAAUAACAAAUAUGACUACCAUUCGUCUUUGUGGAUGCAGAAAGCUAUCUAAAUAUCGCACCAAUGGUGAUAUUCGUGGGGAAGCCUCAGUAAUGUCUCAACAAUCCUACUAAAUCUGGCGAUGUUCUGUUCCCACUGUCGCUCGGCUGGAUUUACUAAUGUCAGUCGCGUACAUCUCAGCAGCUGCAUUACUCUAUAGCUACAUCACUCUAUAGUAAUUUCACUGUACAGAAUACUGCUAUAGAAGAAUUCUAGCCGAAUUCAUAACUCAUAUGCUUAAGAACUGUUAGAUGGUACAAAUUUUCGGUGGCAUACAACAAACAAGGGUCCUCUAUUUCCUCGUAUCUACUGUGAUAACUUCUGUUCUAAUGAUCCAGGACAUCCUGACAAGAUACCUGACGAACUUUGGAGACGGCCGUACCAAGAUCUAACAGAUCACUAGCUGUUACACAGAAGCCAAUUCAAAUUUCAAAACUGCUGGCGAUGUACAGUGGGUUAUCUUGAAUCAACGUCUAAGAUUUACAUUUGUGGCGUAAUUUAUGAAACUUUCUAAGCUUUUCAGUAAUUAGUAAACUCAUUUACAAAAACAUAUUUCAUAGUCUGCACGCACUAACUAUUUUUUCACUGCUUUUGACUGACCACUGUCAAAUACACGAACAGACGAUCGAUAUUUAUUACUGUCCCAUGAGAAUUGCUUGAUAGUUCGAUUUCACGUGUCGCUCUUGUCUUGCUCGUUACAAAUUCUUUAUAGUCAAAUUAAUUUUGAUUUUAAACGCCUGUGAAACUUAAAUAUGGAUUUACAGCUAUGGCAUUUCUUCCUCGUGCCAAGAUUAAAGAGUGAUUUUUCCCAUUCCGUCAUAAAAUGGUGACGUACUAAAUAACACCGAUACCUGUAAGACGUAUUUUUUUGUAGUAGUAAAAAUGUUUCCUCGAUCUGGGACCAUGUUUUCUGUGAACAGUUGAUAAUUUUUUAUGAUACGUACUAGCCUGAAUGUAGAAUAAAUGUUUUUAUGAACUGAAUGGAGAUAGUGUAUUUUGAUGUGUAUUUUGUAUACCAAACGUUUUAAUAAGCAAUAUUUUUCUGAAGAUAUACUGACGUUGUUUUGAAGUCUGAUGUGUUGUAGUGUAUUCAUGUGUAUAUUGGACGUUAAAUGUCAAAAGAGAAAUAUUGGAUAGAUGCUGGCUGUUAUUGUUACAUUCAUUAUAUACAUCGUUAGAAAUGAAGUGCCUUUGCUGAUAAAUUAAACAAACGUUUUGGAAAGAUAAGUUGUAAUAUGUUGCCCUGACUUUUUAGAUGAAACAACAGACUGAUGUUGCGUUUUCAAAUCAAAGUAACAUUCAUGUUCCAGCUGCAGCCCAGUCUAUAACAGCAAUCUAAUAAAUGUUUCUCUAUUUUAUAUGUGAUAUAUGAAUCACACAAGUACUUAAGGGUAGGUUUGAAAACUGAAAAAUUGUCCUUCUAAGAGCAGCUACGGUCAUAAAGUGUUCUUUUGUAUAUGUUUCGUGCAAAUGGAGAAAAUGUCACCGAAAAACUUGUUAAUGUGUCUAGUGGUAUUGAAACUUAGUGUUUAUUUUUAUGUCAGAUUAUAGUUGUCUGAGUUUUGUUCGUAUCUCUGGAUCCCUUAUUUUAUUUAAUCACCCGACCAUUGAACAGCAAUCUGCAGUGCUUCCUUUCCUUCCAAUGGCGUGAAUAAUUCUCAUUUCGUAAGAAUGCAGCUUGCUGGAGGUAUGACGUUUUUGUCUCCGCAUUCCAGCACUUAGCACCAUCAGGAUCCCAAGGUUUGUGGUUAUAUUCAACUGAGUCACUAGCCUUGUACUGCUACAUUUUUAAGCAAUUUCAGAAUGCCAUAAGUUUGAGGUAAAUGUUGUAACAUUGAAUACCGAUAGAAAAACAGUGCCUGCUACUUGAAAUGCGGAACAUACACUUCAUGAAUUAAAAGCUGGGCUGGGUCUGUAAAUUUAACGUGGUCAGCACUGCAGUUUGCUUCUUCCGGCCGGCGUGUUUACUUCUUUGUUUAUUUUGGUUUCGGACGAGUUCUGCUAGUCGUCGGUGGCGGCGCUGAAGGCUGCCAGCACGGCACCCACUGUAGCGUCCUGUGACGAAACCUUCAGUUGCGGCAGCAUAUGGUAACAUUACGAACUGGCAUCAUAGGAAUGAAAUGCAAAUACGAGAUUUAUAAUAACCGAAAUCUUAAACAAAUAAUGCUACUUUGUGACUAACAAUAACUCUGAAAAGGUCGCUGUACAGAAGCAGUGUACGAGAUGAUGCCCGAAAGUUCCCUAAAAUUAUUAAUUAAAAUUAUUAUCUUUUGCAUAAUCUUACCCUGCAUCACCUUCGAUGUAGUCCGCUUGGGAGUGAGUACAUCGGUCCCAACCAUUCUACCACUCUUGAAAUGCGUACUGAAAGUCUUCCUUAAUUAGGGUGUUUAGUAGCAUUAGCAAGUCGUCUUGUGCCAAUUGUAUCACAUUUUCAACACAGAAACGUAUCGGCAUCUCGCUACAAGCAUUUGGCAGUCUCGUGACAGGUGUCAAGUGUUACUGUGUAGCCUUGUAUCCUCCGCCGUGUGACCUUUCGCUGCCGCACUCGGGUCGAGUCACAGAGAGCGCUGCGCUACGGUUGCCCAAGACGGCCGGCCCGCCCCCAGUUUGUACAGUCGUAGCUUAGGAAACAUUAACUCCAGCUAACAGCAUCUCUAACGCGAGGCACCCCGUGCCUCAGCGCCGCUAGUCAGACUCAUACUUUUAGUUCACUUCUCACUCAUUUUACUUAAUUUAUUGUAUUAUUUAUUUACUUAUGCUCUAGUUAUCAUUAUUUAUUUCUUUAGUUGUUUAGGUUAGUUAGGUACAUACUACUCGUUCAGUUCUUUAAUUAAAAGGUGAUACAACAAAUGUAUGUGAUUAUGUUUUAUGUCCAAGAUCUAUGUAGUUGAGAACUGUGUAAUUAUAUGUCAAGAAGCUUA